AUGGCGGGGGCGGCGCUGGUGGCGGCGGCGAGGGCGGUGGCGCGGCCGGCGGUGAGGGCGAGAGAGGCGGCAAUCCGGAUGGGGGCGGUGGCGAGGGUGGCGGCGGGGCUGGCGGCGGUGGCGAGGGCGGCGGGGAGGGCGGCGGCGGCGAUGGUGGAGGGGCGGCUGGUGGCGAGGGCGAGAGCGGCGGCAAGUCCCGACGGAGGCGGGGGCGAGGGCGGCGGUGGUGAAGGUGGCGGCGAGAUCGGCGGCGGCGAGGGCGGGGGCGCGGCCGGGGGCGAGGGCGAGAGCGGUGGCAGACCCGACGGAGGCGGCGGCGAGGGCGGUGGCGGCGCUGGUGGCGGCGGCGAGGGCGGUGGCGCUGCCGGCGGCGAGGGCGAGAGCGGCGGCAGCCCUGAUGGAGGCGGCGGCGACGGUGGGGGCGGUGCUGGCGGCGGCGGUGACGGCGGCGGCGCGGCCGGCGGCGAGGGCGAGAGCGGCGGCAGGCCCGAUGGGGGCGGCGGCGAGGGUGGCGGCGGCACUGGAGGCGGUGGCGACGGCGGCGGCGACGGUGGUGGCGCGGCCGGCGGCGAGGGCGAGAGCGCCCAGAAGGUGGGGGAGGCGACGGCGGAGGUGGCGACGGUGGCGGAGGCGACGGUGGUGGAGAUGGUGGCGGCGAGGGUGGCGGGGAGGGUGGCGGCGGGGACGGUGGAGGGGCGGCUGGUGGCGAGGGCGAGAGCGGCGGCAGGCCCGAUGGAGGCGGCGGCGAGGGCGGCGGCGGAGUGGGUGGUGGCGGCGAGGGCGGCGGCGACGGCGGCGGCGCGGCCGGCGGUGAUGGCGAUAGCGGCGGCAAGCCGGAUGGUGGUGGCGGCGGCGGCGGUGAGGGUGGCGGUGGCGAUGGGGGCGGCGAGGGCGGCGGUGCGGCUGGUGGCGAGGGAGAGAGCGGUGGCAGCCCCGACGGGGGCGGCGGUGAUGGAGGUGGUGGUGCUGGCGGCGGCGCUGACGGCGGCGGCGAUGGUGGCG